AUGGCGAUGGAGGAGGGUGCCCUGGCGAAGGUGAAGCUGGUAGCGGCGGUGGUAGUGCUGGAGAUGCUCAUAGCGGGCUUCCACGUCGUGUCGAGGGCGGCGCUCGACAUGGGCGUCAGCAAGAUGGCGUUCCUCGUCUACAGAAAUGGCUCGGCCCUGCUUGUGAUUGCUCCUGUUGCCUACUUCCUCGAGAAGAAAGAUAGGCCACCCCUCACGUUACGUUUGAUGAUUGACUUCUUCAUGUUGGCUGCAGUUGGGGUUACAUUCACACAGGGGCUAUAUAUUCUUGGUUUGUACUACUUGUCACCAACUUAUGUCUCCGUCAUCCAAAACUCUGUCCCUGCAAUCACAUUUGUGAUGGCUGCUGUUUUGAGGGAUGCCAUUAACGACAACACAUUCAGAGGGUACCCACAAACUGAAAGACGUUAUAGUUAUCCUGAGUCCAAGAUUUACCUGGAUCGCAGGAUGUCUCAUCAUGUUUGUGAAUUGUCUUUGUUUGUCUGGAUGGAUGGUUCUGCAGCACCAUUUUUUGAGAGCAACAUUGAAAGGUGGAAGAUCCACUCUGGAGGCGAGCUUCUCACCAUCUUAUAUGCUGGUGUUGUGGUACUCGGUAUUGCCUGGUAUAUUAUGAUUUGGUGCAUAAAUAAGGGAGGGCCUCAUUUCGUUUCUGUCUUCCAACCGUUGCAAACUGUCAUGGUUGCCAUCAUGGCUUCCAUUUUCCUUGGUGACAGACUCUACAUUGGAGGAGUUAUAGGUGCGGUGGUCAUAGUUGCGGGCCUCUAUUGUGUAUUGUGGGCAAAAAGCAAGGAGACCAAAAGCAACGGUGACCUGCUUUCUGAAAGAAGCUUGGCACAGAAUCUCCUUCAUGAAGAAAGUUACAUUAUGAUCGAAGAUCUAUAA